UCUUUUUCUCUCCCUUUCCCUUUCUUCAUUCUUCUUUCUUACUUCUUUUUUUUCUGGGUUUUCUUAAAAUGGUGAGAGGAAAGACUCAGAUGAGAAGAAUAGAGAAUGCAACUAGCAGACAAGUAACAUUUUCAAAGAGGAGAAAUGGGUUAUUGAAGAAGGCGUUUGAGCUUUCUGUUCUUUGUGAUGCUAAAGUUGCUCUUAUUGUCUUCUCUCCCAAAGGAAAGCUUUAUGAAUUCGCUAGUUCCAGUAUGCAGGAUAUCAUUGAGAGGUAUAAACAGCACACAAAGGAUAUUCGAACCGAAAACAUAAUUGACGAAGAGAAGAGUCAGAAUCUCAAACGAGAAGCCGAAAGCUUGGGGAAGAAAAUAGAGUUUCUAGAAGAUUCCAAGAGGAAAAUGUUGGGAGAAUGUGUUGCAUCUUCUACAUUCGAAGAACUUCAACAACUUGAACAACAAUUGGAUCGAAGUGUAACCUGCAUAAGGGCAAGAAAGAUGCAGGUUUUUCAAGAACAGAUUGAGAAACUAAAAGCUAAGGAAGUAAUGCUGGUAGCAGAAAAUGAAAUGCUUUCUGAGAAGUAUAAUGUACGGGUUAACGAAGAAUCUAUGGAGAAAAGAGUGACGAUUGAAAGCAGCGAAGAAGAUGAAGAAGAAGAAAUUGAAGUGGAUACAGGUUUAUUCAUUGGACAAGCUGCACCUGAAAGCAGCAACAGAAGGAGGAAGAAUAAGCCAAUUAUUAUGAUGCCAAAUUAACUAAAUUGGAAGCCAGGGUUUGGUUGAUCUAUUAAUUAAUUAAUUAAUGUUUAAGAUU